GGACAACUAUCGAUGCAAGGGGCAAUGGAUUGGAGUAGAGCGAUGUGGUCAAAGAUGAAGGAAGCGACGAAAAUUUAGAUAAUAAACCUCUCUAAAAGAGAACCGUUAUGAACCUACUAGCAGCACCAUUAUUACUCUUCGUGGUUCUACAAUUCUCGGCCAGUGUCUCGAGUCAGUGGCUUCGGUCAGAGAUGUUGCCGACUGUGGCUCGGGCCUGCAGUCAGUCCAACGAGUCUCCCCCAGGUAAUGGGGAUAGCUUGCCGGGGCAUCACGUGACCCGCCUUUUUUGUCUCGAACGCUGGAGCUCCUCAUGUCGAGUGCCGAACCUAGCGAUUUCAUCGGGUCAUGUAUCUGACGGUUUCUCUCUUCAUGCGUACGAUUUUGUCUCCUCAACAAAAUUAUCUAGAACAAUAGGCCGGGUUUCAUGCACCUGAUUCGGUGCUCUCCCAUCGAUACUCGAAAGAUAUCGGGACCGCUCACAACCGAGAACGGACAGUGCUUUGCGGCCAGGGCCAGUGGCGUCUCCGCAGCCAAAAGGUCGGCACCUCACAUCUGUCUCCUCUUAUACCCAGUACUUGCAAAUCCGAGAACCCAAACCAGCUGACGGUCCUU